CACACACACACAACAACAACAACAACAAUAAACAACUAUGAUGGCUGGCUGUCGGUUUAAGGUUUUGAUGGUUCUGCUGCUUUCAAUGGCUGUUCUAAUGCCAACUCUCCGAGCUGGCAUUGCUGAAUAUGAUGACUUUUUGCUCAAGAAGGCUGUUGCAGCCGAACAAGUGGCUCAUGAGGCCUACAACCCCGACCCCAUGAAUGUCACUAACCAUCUCAACCUUCAAGUUCAUUUAGCUUUUGAGGGAAGCAAUAGCACGAGGAGGGGCUUAGCCAAAUACAAGGGACCAUGUUUGGCGACAAACCCGAUCGACCGAUGUUGGAGAUGCAACAAAAAAUGGGCCAAAAACCGCAAGAAGCUAGCCUCUUGUGUCCUUGGUUUUGGCCGAAAAACCACCGGUGGCAAAAGAGGCCGUUACUACAAAGUAACCGACCCAUCAGACACUGAAUUCGUAGACCCUAAACCCGGAACCCUAAGACACGCAUGUAUUCAAAAACGACCAUUAUGGAUCACAUUUGGACGUAGCAUGAUCAUCAAGCUAUCAAAAGAGCUAUUAAUAUCAAGUCACAAGACCAUCGAUGCACGUGGUGCCAAUGUCCAUAUAGCCUAUGGUGCUGGUCUAAGCAUUCAAUUCUCCCGGAAUGUAAUCAUCCACGGCCUACACAUCCACCACAUCGUGGCAGCCAAUGGUGGCAUGAUCCGUGACGCAUACAAUCAUGUGGGCCUACGAACCGUAAGCGAUGGCGAUGGCAUAUCAAUCUUUGGGUCAUCCAACAUUUGGCUGGACCAUCUCUCCAUGUCAAACUGCCAAGAUGGGCUCAUAGACGCAAUCCAAGGCUCCACAGCUAUCACAGUGUCAAACUCCCAUUUCACGCAUCACAACGACGUGAUGCUGUUUGGUGCAAGUGAUUCAUAUCAAGGGGACUCCAUCAUGCAAGUGACCGUGGCAUUUAACCAUUUUGGUAAAGGGUUGGUGCAGCGAAUGCCAAGGUGCCGAUGGGGGUUCUUCCAUGUGGUUAAUAAUGACUAUACUCAUUGGUUGAUGUAUGCAAUUGGUGGGAGCCAACAUCCAACCAUUAUAAGCCAAGGGAAUAGGUUCAUAGCGCCGCCAAACCCGGCUGCUAGGCAGAUAACCAACAGGAACUAUGCGCCGGAGAGUGUGUGGAAGACGUGGACGUGGAGGUCAGAAGGGGACUUGUUGAUGAAUGGUGCUUAUUUUGUUCAGUCGGGGAGUUCGAGUAAGCGAAGGCCGUACAGCAGGUUGGAUAUGAUUAAGGCCAAGCCUGGGACUUAUGUUAGAAGGCUUACGCGCUUUGCGGGGUCGCUGAAUUGCUAUGAGGGGCGCCCAUGCUAAGCCAUGGUGAUGAAUCAAACAUUUUGUCAUUUAAAUUCAAUUCAUUUUUAUUGUGAUUGGGUUAUGAUUUGAUUUGGAAAUUGAAUGGGUGACAGAUGGGAUGUUCGAGAAUAAAGCAAGGGCGGAGUGAGGCUUUGGAAAGGCCUUGAGAUGAUGAUGUUUGUUUUUUUAAUUAUUUUUGUUACCAUUUGUAUGUGUGAAUUGUAUUCACUUUCCUUUCUUUU